GGCCCAUGAGGAGGGAAAGAAAGGGGGGGCAGAAGUGGCAGUGGGGAGGAGAGGCGGCUGGGCCCGGAAGCGGAGACUGGGGCAGAAGGGGGGGAGAGGUAACCGCCGGCCCCAAAGAGUGCACAGAUGCUCUGUGCGGGGUCGGCUAGUAUGAUUUAUUCAGCACUCUACAAUGUGGAACUGCCUCCCACCCCAGAAUGAGGAGUCCUGCAGGGGGUUAAAAGGAAAACAUAUAAGACACCUUCUCAAAGACAUCUGCCAGCAAAACAGUUGUAAGCAUGUUUCAGCAGCAUCUGCCAGCUCAACUACCCAGCGUAACAACGCAUGCCUUGAAUGUGGUCACGGCAGCACCAUGGUCCAAUUCAUGCCAGGGCUUGGGUAUAAACACAUAUCCUAUGGAAGGCAUAGAAUCUGAACCUAUGGGCCAUUGUGAAUGGCAGUGCGAUUCUCAAUGCAAGCAGGUGGAAGCAUUUCCUUGUAACUUGCUAUCCGUAAGAAUAAUACGAAUGAGAAAUCUCCGCAAAGCUGAUGCCUUAAGCCAGUCUGAUUGUUAUGUAACCCUCUGGCUACCAACUGCCACCUGUGAAAAGCUACGAACCAAAACUAUUAAUAAUUGCAAGAAUCCAGUUUGGAAUGAAACAUUUUACUACAGGAUUCAAAGGCAAGUCAAGAAUGUCCUAGAGCUGUGUGUCUGUGAUGAAGAUGCUGUCAGUCCAGAUGACCACCUCUUCACUAUACGCUUUGAUGUAGCUCGACUACCAGUUGACGAAAGAGUUCUCAUGUACUUUAAGUCUGCGCCAGAGGCACAAGAAGAGUUGGAAGUUGAAUUCAUGAUAGAACCCGCGUCUGGUCCUCCUGAAAACAUAAUUACAAAUGGAGUUCUAGUGUGUCGUGAGGUUUGCACCUUAGAAGCAGAGGUGGACCAGAACAAGCCACAUAGGUCAAAAAAAGACCUUUCACUUACAGUCAAAGGAUCCUGGGAAGGCACUCACUGUUUUAAGCUGGGCUCAGAUGCCGUUGUUACACCACCAUGUCCCACUACAUUCCACUACGUCAAGUACAAAGAGCCAACACUGGAUGUUAUGCUACCAAAGAAGAAGUCACGUCGUAAUGCUUGCUCCUGUUGUCGUAGCACCAAAGCAGAAGAUGUUCCAUCUGUGAUGCUGAAUUCACUACCCAUUGGGAAAAAAGUUCCAAUAGUGGAGGAUAAAAAGUACCAUUUGCAUGUGAAAGUAGAUGACUGUCAUUGUGACUGCCCAUCAGACCUCGAUGUGCGCUUGGGAUAUGAUCUGUGCCCACAGGAGCAAGAGUUCUUAAUUAAACGAAAAAGGCAUGUUGCUCAGGCUCUGAAGCAUGUUCUCCAACUAGAUUAUGACUUGCAAGAUCAUGAGGUUCCAGUGGUGGCAGUCAUGACAACAGGAGGUGGGCUAAGAUCAUUCACAACAACUUUUGGCAGUAUGAGGGCUUUCCAAAAAUCACAUCUCCUAGACUGCAUUACGUACAUAUCUGGUUUGUCUGGCACCUCAUGGGCCAUGGCACACAUUUACAGAGAUGCUUACUGGUCCCAGAAGAGUCUGGAUGAGCAAAUAAAUGAAGCUAAGAAACAAGCAACCAAAAGCAAGAUGGGCAUGUUUACCAUAGAACGUAUGAAAUAUUACAAUCAACAGCUGAAACAACGGAAACAAGAAGGAUACAAGACAACCUUCAUAGAUCUGUGGGGACUCAUAAUAGAAUACUUGUUAAAUGAUGGGAAAGAUAACCACAGACUCUCAGAGCAGAGAGAAGCUUUAAUAGAGGGCCAGAAUCCAUUGCCUAUCUAUGUAACUAUCAAUAUCAAAGAAAAAUACAGCACUCAAGACUUCAAAGAAUGGUUGGAAUUCACUCCCUAUGAAGCAGGGUUCCUGAAAUAUGGAACAUACAUACAUCCUGAGAACUUUGGAAGCGAAUUCUUCAUGGGCCGCCUGAUAAAGAAGCUUCCGGAAAGCCGAAUAGUCUAUCUUCAUGGUAUGUGGAGUAGCAUAUUUUCAUUGAAUCUGAUGUAUAUCUGGAAUAGCGUUAACAGUUCAGAAGAAUUCUGGCAGAAAUGGACUCGAGACAAGAUAAUAGAUAUUGAUGAAGAGCCUAACUUACCCACACGGCCAUAUGAGCUGAAGAGUCACAUGUUUGUCCCAGCUGGGAAACUUGCCAAUGAUCUUCGCGGGCUCUUGACAGAUCGCCUUUCUGUUGCACAAUAUCACAAUUUUUUGAAUGGCUUACAGUUACACAACUACUACUUGGAGAGUGAAGGCUUUAACAGAUGGAAAGCUACUGUAUUGGAUCAUUGUCCCAAUCAGCUAACAGAACAUGAUCCCCAUGUGGGAUUAGUGGAUGCUGGAUUUUUCAUUAACACAAGCUGCCCACCACUUUUAAGACCAGCGAGGAAAGUAGAUGUCAUUUUGCAUUUGAGUUACAGUGCAGGCUCACAGACACUGCCUCUGGAACAAACCUGUAAGUACUACAUGGAGCAAGGUAUUAAAUUCCCAAAAGUUGUCCUCACUGAUGAAGACAAGAAACAUAUGAAGGAAUGCUACUACUACAAUGAAUCGGAAACCCCUGGGUGUCCAAUACUGGUUUUCUUCCCAUUAGUGAAUGACACCUUCCGAUAUUACAAAGCACCUGGUGUGGAACGUUGUGGUGAUGCUGAGAUGGCUGAAGGAGAUGUUGAUGUUUCCACUUGCCACACUCCAUACUCUACUUUCUGCCUCGCAUAUUCAGAUGAGAAUUUUGACAAGCUGGUGAAUCUGAGUGAAUACAACAUCUUGAAUAACCAACACUUGAUUCUGCAAGCUUUGCAUGCAGCUGUGGAACGGAAAAGACAACAAUGGUGCAAGGAUUAAUUUUUUUAAUGUGUAUCAAUAAAAAUCAAAUGGGUUUCUUUUUUAAAAAACAACAACAACCCAUUAACUUAUGGGUAGGCCACAAUUCAUGGUUAACUUGAAUACCCCCAUGGGAUCAAUUUCAUCUCUUGAUCCCAUGGGGGUCUUGGGAUCUACCUGUUUCAUGUUUCAACAGGGGCACCAUUUCAGAUUUAAGUGAGUGGAUGGUAAGAUUCACAGCAAAGUACAAAGGUCUACACUUGAAUAUAUGUAACAUUAAACUGCAAAAACAAAAACCCAACCUCGUGUGCUUAAAGAGAAUCUGUUGCAACUUUUUAACUUCCUAACUAUAGUAGUGCUAUCAACACAGGUCACAUAACCUCUGACACAGAGACAUGCACAUCCUUUUUUUUUUUUAACAAGGCAAUAGUAAACAGACUCAUUUAAUUGUUCAUACUGAUAGUUAUUUAUUUUGCAGAACUAAUACAUUGACUACAGAAAGGACUGGUCCUGAUGAAUAUGAAAAUAUAGGUUGGGGAUAGGUUGACUGCACCUUUGUAUUCUUUUAUGCCUUUUCAUUCCACAGUCAUUCAUUACAAAAGACUGUGUCCAGUAUGUAUCUUCUGUUAUGAUGAUUUUUUUCUAGUAAUUAGUAAUGGCAAACCUGGUGUAGUAGUCCCCAAAAGACUGUCCUAAUGAACAAUUUUUCCUCCUCUCAAAUGUGCAAGUCUGAAAAGAGGGUUAAUUUGGAUUGGUUGGAGUAAGUGUAUGAUGCUCCAUUGUGCUGUCUUCCUCCUCAGCUGGGUCACAUGAGUGUGAGGCAGAAGAUUAGGUGGGAUCAGCCCAUUAGAAACAAGGGCUUUAAUCUUGUUGGAAUAUGUAGAUCUGUACAUAUUCCGCCUCUGUGAUUCUCUUUAUUUAGCAGAGGGAGAGCAACUGGCCCUAUCAAGCCCCAGCACAGCAUCCCUCCAGUGGCUGUUGCUGGUGUCUAUCUUAUUUCUUUUUUAGAUUGUGAGCCCUUUGGGGACACAGAACCAUUUAUAUUUAUUGAUAUCUAUGUAAAUCACUUUGGGAACUUUUGUUGAAAAUCAGUAUAUAAAUAUUGGUUG